AUGAUGAUGAAGAUGAAGAAGAAGAUGACGAUGAUGAAGAUAAAGAACAUGACGAAGAUGAUGAAGAUUCCUAGAACUCCUAUAAAAAGUUUAGGUGGGCUCCAAAGUUGAAGCUGGACAUCAGAAAAACUUUUGAGAAGAGAGGUUCUAGUAAGAUGACACAACUUCUACAAAAAGCCAGAAAUGGUAAUGUCAAACCUACUUGGAUUGGAGAUACAGCCUGGACUGAUCUUGUGAAGUAUUGGAAAUAUGAUGAUUUUAAAGCAAAGUCUGAACAAAAUAAAAAGAACUGUAACUCCAGUGCUGGCGCAUCUUUACACACAGGGGGGUCAAUCCCCCACAAAGUUCAUUUCAAAAGGAUGAAGGCUGAAAGAAAUGGAAAGGAUCCAACAUUUUCUGAGUUUUAUUUUUGUACACACAAGAAGAAGAAGAAGAAGAAGAAGAAGAAGAGUAAAGAGUGGGUACAUCCAAAAGCUCAAAGUGAUCAUGAGAGCUUUGAAAAGAAAAAAGUUGAAAUGUCAUCACAAAGAACCAUUGAAAGUGAAAGUUUUUCUGGAGAUGAUGCUUCACAAUCACACCAUAUGCCAUCGGAUUUCAUUAUUUGGAUAGAUACGGUGAGAGGACAGAACAACAGUAGGGUUUGAGGUCUUGGUUAGUUGGGCAGGUCAGUCAAGUGUUUGUGUUAUGGAGCAUCACAGGAGCCCAUAUCCGAAGAGGUCGAAGAAAGGAUAAGAACUGAAGUUCAUUUACUUAAUACAUCUUUGCAAGCACAACUUGAAAAAGUGAAGCAAGAGAAAGAACAAAUGAAGAAGGAAUGGGCUAACACAAAGAAUACAUUGAAUCUU